AUGUCUUCCUCGGAGGGUGUGUUUGAGUUGGGGAUGGAGUUCUCAGAGGCCAACAAUGUUCUUCUCAUGUCACUGAUGGAAGAAACGCAGGAAGAAGAGUACAAUGGCGAUGACAGACUUGUGAGCAUGAUUCAGUCAUUGGAGGCAGAGAUCAGUGACACUGAAAUGAGUCAAAUCUAUGAGAUUGGACACGUGGAUGAUCAUGGUUGCUCCACGUCAGACAGUGACCCUGAUCAUUGGGUUGACAUGGAACUGAUCUCUUCUUUGCCCUUUGAUGACAUCGAUGCAUGGAUCCCUUGUGGAGAUGAGAUGAUGGAGCAUGCAACAAUGGAAUAUGAAGCUCCAAAUCACAUCAAUGAGUUUCAGAUGAGUUUUGGAGCUUUCUUGGAACAACAAUAUAGAGAGAUCAGUUAUUUGGCAUAA